AUGCAGUGGUACGCCGUUACCUUCUUUCUACUGGUUGGACUUAUCGCCAAUGGUUUUGCCAUUGACGACCGUAACUGGCAGCUAGUCCCCGAUGGCAAUGGAAGACUGCAUCUGAUCAACACCAAUCCUUACGAUAUUCCCGAAUCGGAUGGUAACGCUGCGUCCCGGUUUGUACCUCAGCAGGACACCAUCUUCCGUCUGUUUACCCGCGCCAAUCCGACUGAGCCACAAAUUCUGCAGCUAAAUAAUCCCGCAUCCAUUAGCGGAUCGAACUUCAACUCGGCCCACCCGACGCGCUUCUCCAUUCACGGUUGGAAUAAUGAUGGAUCGCACUUUAUGAACACACUGUUCCGGGAUGCAUACUUCCAGCUGGGCGAUUUCAAUUUGAUCACCGUCGAUUGGGGUGUUGGUGCGAUCAACCCGAACUACAUCACCGCCCGCAACUUGGUUGGACCGGUAGGAAACACGGUGUCGCUGCUGAUCGAUCAGCUGAUCUCGACCGCUGGUGCGAACCCGGACAACAUCUACAUCAUCGGGUACAGCUUGGGUGCACAUGUGGCCGGCAGUGCCGGUAAGGCACAGCACGGACGCAUCCAUUCGAUCAUUGCCCUGGAUCCGGCUGGUCCACUGUUUGCCCUUGGACAGGAUGAUGCUGUCUCGCCCGCGGAUGGACGUUACGUGGAAACGAUUAUGACGAAUGCCGGUUUGCUCGGUAUCAAUACGCCGCUCGGCCAGGCCAACUUCUAUCCGAACGGUGGACGCACACAGCCGGGUUGUGGGGCCGAUAUUACCGGCGGCUGUGCACACGAUCGUGCACCGAUGUUUUAUGCCGAAUCGCUCACCACCAGCACACCGUUCCGUGCGACGCGCUGUGCCGACCAUGGACAGAUAUUGGCGGGAGUUUGCACUUCCUCCGGACCCGAUGCCAACAUGGGUGGUCAACCAUCGAACUACGGACGAGGCGUUACGGGAGUUUUCUUCCUCGAAACCAACGAUGCGUCUCCAUUUGCGCGGGGUUAA